AUUUAAGGCCUAAAGCCGGUAGAUGAGGUGUUGACUUUCUUGGGUAGAUGAUUUGUCCACCUCUGGCCGCUAACAUGUCUAGCUGUGAAGUUCAAGAGAGGAUGAAAAUGUUUAAGAACAAAGGCAAAAAUACUGAACUGAGAAGACAACAGAGAUUGGAAGUCAAUGUACAACUUCGGAAGGCCAAAAAAGAGGAACAGAUUCUGAAAAAAAGAAACAUCUCUGAUUUCCCCCUCAUGGCAACCCCUGAAAUGGCAACCUCAAAAACUGGUGUUCAUCUCACACUGGAGGACAUAGUGGAAGGUGUGAAAAGCAAUGACCCUGAGUUUCACUUGCAGGCCACCCAGGCAGCCAGGAGAAUGUUGUCCCGAGAGAAGAACCCCCCUUUAAAUCAGAUCAUUGAAACUGGAAUCAUUCCUAAAAUGGUGACAUUUCUGGACUCCUCUUGCAGCCCGAGCUUACAGUUCGAGGCAGCUUGGGCACUAACUAACAUUGCUUCAGGGACCUCAGAACAGACCAAGGCAGUAGUAGACGGAGGCGCCGUACCAGCCUUCAUUGGACUCCUGUCUUCCCCCUUCAUGCAUAUCAGUGAGCAGGCAGUCUGGGCCCUGGGAAACAUAGCAGGCGAUGGGCCCACACACAGAGAUUCCCUUAUCUACUCCGAUGUCCUACCUCCUCUGUUGUCCCUGGUGUCACCUACUACUCCCAUAGGAUUUCUUCGCAACAUCACCUGGACGUUGUCCAAUCUCUGCCGGAACAAGAACCCAUACCCAAGUAUGAAGGCGGUGAAACAGAUCCUACCCGUUCUCCUCCAGCUGCUGCAACAUAAGGACAAGGAAAUUCUCUCCGACACCUGUUGGGCUUUGUCAUACCUAACCGAAGGAUCCAACGACCGGAUCAACCACGUUGUACAGACUGGGGUUCUCCCGAGGGUCAUUGAACUCAUGGCCAGUCCAGAACUGAAUAUCCUGACUCCUGCUCUUCGUACUAUUGGAAAUGUUGUCACGGGAACGGAUGACCAGACCCAGAUGGCAAUCGAUGCAGGCGUGUUGACCAUUCUGCCCAAGCUACUGAGCCACUCCAAGUCAGCGAUCCAGAAGGAGGCAGCAUGGGCUCUCAGUAAUAUUGCAGCAGGACCUGGACCACAGAUCCAGCAGCUGAUUACCUGUGGGCUGUUGCCUCCAUUGGUUGCCUUGCUCAAGAAGGGAGAAUUUAAGGCUCAGAAGGAGGCCGUCUGGACGGUGGCUAACUUCUCAACAGGGGGAACAGUGGACCAGGUGGUCUACCUUGUCCAGUCUGGAGUCCUGGAGCCUCUGUUGAAUCUACUCACUGUAAGAGACAGUAAAAUCCUCCUGAUCAUCCUCGACACCCUCUCUAACUUCUUCCAGGCAGCAGAGAAGCUGGGGGAGACGGAAAAACUGUGCUUCCUGGUAGAAGAACUUGGUGGCUUGGAUAAGAUUGAGGCACUUCAAGCCCAUGACAACCAUCUAGUUUAUCGAGCUGCCUUGAAGAUCAUUGAGACAUACUUCUCCGAGGAUGAAGGACAUCACUCUGAACCAGAAGCAGAUCAAGAGAAUAUUUUUGAGUUUCCCAUGUAAGAGAAGAGGAACAAAGACUACAUUCUAAAGUUCUAGACUAAAUCCUUAAAGGAAGCACUACUUGGUGAAUGGAAACACUUUCUAUUUUUACUUAUGCCACAGUGGAAA